GUUACAAUCAUCAUAUACUUGUCUAUUUUGGGCUUGCUUCUUCUGUACAUGGUGUACCUUACACUGGUGGAACCUAUACUGAAGAGACGCCUCUUUGGACAUUCACAGCUCAUACAAAGUGAUGAAGACAUUGGGGAUCACCAGCCUUUUGCAAAUGCUCAUGAUGUGCUGGCUCGUUCUCGGAGCCGCGCCAACGUAUUGAACAAAGUGGAGUAUGCCCAGCAGCGUUGGAAGUUACAGGUCCAAGAGCAACGCAAAUCCGUCUUUGACCGUCAUGUUGUGCUGAGUUAAUUGUGUCUCAGUAAAAUAACUCCAGGAAAGUAAAGUGGACUAAUUGAAAGAGCUGACCUACGUCUUCCUGAUCCUGCCAAUUCAGAAGGGUUUUCUUGAAUGGUUCGUUAUUGAUUU